UACUCCAUCUUCUCCACACCAUGACCACAUUCUUCCCUUUUUCCACACCACCUUCUUCUUUUUCCCAAUCUCAACCAACGAAUAAAAUUACAAUAUAAACAAAACCCAUUACAGAUUUCCCAAUUCUGUGCUGUACGAAAUGGACAGAUUAGCCGCAGUCUUCCGCCGCGGUGCUGAUACCGCCCUCUGGGACAGCGGCAGCGACCAUUCGUCGGAAAAUUCCACCGCCGACCUCUUCGACCUCGUUAAGUCCUUCAUUGAAAAGGGUGAUAUUAAAAUUAAGGAAGGGGAGAAGGAAGACAGCUAUACAGAAGAAUCAGACGGUUUUUCCUUUGAUUCAGAUGCAGAGGCAAUCAAGUUACGGAAUCUGUUUGGUUCCUUGGACGAUAAGAAUGGGGAAAUCAGAAUUGAAGCAGAACAAGCUCUGAAGCCCGUUGGUGGAAGAUCGUUCCCUGGGAUUAAACGACAAUUGAUGGCACAUUUGCGUAGAAAAGGCUUCGAUGCCGGUCUUUGCAAAUCGAAGAUGGAGAAACUUCGGUCAUUUCCGGCAGGUGACCAUGAGUAUAUCGACGUCAAUUUUGGAGGAAAUCGGUACAUUGUAGAAAUCUUUUUAGCUAGAGAAUUUGAAAUUGCCCGUCCAACCAGUAAAUACAUAUCGUUACUCAACAUAUUUCCAGAGAUUUUCGUCGGAAAUUUGGAAGAGUUGAAGCAGGUGGUAAAACUAAUGUGCUCUGCCAUGAAAGAGUCCAUGAAAAAAAGAAAUAUGCAUGUGCCUCCAUGGAGAAGAAACGGGUACAUGCAAGCAAAAUGGUUUGGUUCUUACAAGCGAACCACGAACCAGAAAGUCUCAGGAUCGGCUGAAGAAGAAACUUCGCCGCCGGAAAUUAGUUUACCGUGUUUUAAGGCCUACCACUGCAGGGGAGAUUUCGACCAGAAUGCAGGUAUCAGAGUUGGGAAUUUAACCGCUGUUUUUGGUGGCAAUGAGUUGCUUCUGUAGCCUUAAUAGGUCGAUAAAUUGUAUAUAAAAUUAGCUCAUAUUGAUUGUUUGUAUAAUUAGUGUUUGAUUCUUUAUGUCCUUGUGCUUUUUUUUUGGUCCAAAGUUCCACCCAAGUUCAGAGCAGUCUGUACAGGUUUUCAAAUGGGGGCUUUAGCUUGAUCUUAGCUACAAAAUUUAGGGCAGACCCAAUUGUAGAAUCUAUAUCUUGAUGAGUGUUCUUGUUAGGUAAAUCGAAGAAUUAUGAUCUCGAUCUUGACCUCAAUUUUUCAACCUCUUCUUCCUUUAAAAUCUUAAAAUCAGAGAAAAUAGAAGAAAUUGUAGGCACCGAUAGACGCAAACUACUGGGAAAUCAAAGCAGCUUGCCUGGAAGGUGACAGAUAAACUUAAUGUGAGAGAAGGUUCUCAUGAAAAAGGCUAAAACUAUGCCAUUUCACUCAUCUCUCCUUCUCAUAAUCAAAAGCAAAACCAGAGAUUAAAGGAAAAAAAAAACGAAAACAGAGAACAUAUAAGAAAAUAUAAGAAGAUCGGUAAGCAGAUUCGUCGACGAAGAUCAGAUUAAAUCUGAAACAACGACCGGCCAGUAAACUUCUCUGGUUUGAUUUAGCUGCAGCCUCAUCGGCAGGUCAAGAACAAGGGCAUCGCCCUGCUCUUGGUACAAUACAGCCUCAAAAAAACAGAUCAUAAGAAACUAAAUUCAGAUGCAAGAACAAAAAUCUUUUGAGAGCAACAAAACUGUUGAAUGAUGACUGAACGGAAUCGAUGAGACGGCGAAGUUGUUGAAGGGGCUGCGGUGAGGACUGAAGAACGAUGAGUAUGAACCCUAGCGAGGCCAUUUAAUAGAAAUUUUUAGUGGAGCAAAUGUUGAUGGGUACAGGAGAUCGUGACCGUUGAUCUUUAAAGGAGUCGAGAUAGGGUUUGUUUCUAUAUAUUUAAAAAAGUUCAUAUUUAUUUUUUAAAAAAAAA